AUGGAGAGCCAGCUGUUUGAGAAGAUCCCCAGCUUACAGAUUAUUAUUUGCCGCCCAUGCAAGCAUGCCGUACGGCCCGCGGACGUCCAGCAGCAUUUAAAGCGGCAGCAUGGGUAUAAUUACCAGGCAGCCAGCCAGGUGGCCGACAUGGUACACCAGUGGGAGGACGUGCAGCAGGAUAGCCAGGCCAUCCAGAUCCCGCGUGUAUUAGAUCACCCACUGCCCAUUUUACCAUGCCACACCAAUGGGGUUUUGUGCCAGCGCGACCCCACCACACAGUGCCAGUACGUGGCCGCCAGCAUGAAUUCCAUGCGGAAGCACUGGCAAGCCACCCACCAGUGGUCACGGCAGGCCCGCCAGGGCCGCGUGGGCCAGCGGGAGAAGGCACGCAGCGAGGCGGAGCUCGCGCGGUCGUUCAGGCAGGUGGCAUGGCAGCAGGCGUUCCCGUCCGGCCCCGGGUCCCAUUACAUCCACAUCCAAUACCCAGAUGGCCGCCAGAGGAGCCCACCACUACCACCGCCCGCAGAGCAGGCCCAGCAGGCCGUGGAUGCCAUGGUCAUUGCAUGGGAGCGGGCGCGCGCGCGCGAGGCGGAGCAGGCCACCAUCCAGGCGGACGAGGCGGCUGAUGCCAACCCAUGGCUGCGCAUGACGGGGUGGGCGAGGUAUUUGGACGGCGUGCACCCGCAGGAUUUGCGCCAGCUCGUAGAGGCGCCCGUGGAGGUAGAGGUGGUAGUGGAGGAGGAGGAGCUAGUGGAUAUAGAUCCCAAGGCAGAUCCCACCGAGCAGGCCGUGCGGGUGAUUUGGGACGCCAUGGACCAGCUGGCGCGGCGCAGCCAGCGGACUGUGCAGCAGUGUGGCGCGGGCAUCCACGUGGAGGCGGCCCGUACAGAGGCCGGCCAGACGCCAUACAAGCCAUUGCAGGCGUACAUGGACGAGGCGAGCAUCGAGAAGCACAUGCAGCCAUGGCAGCAGGUACUGGCAUUCAUCGCGCGCACGCAGGCCGCCCAGGCAAGCUGGGUUAGGGAUGAAGAUGGUGAUAGUGGUGACGGUGGUAGUGGCCGUGGCAAGUGGCUAGGGAGGUUGCCCGCGUAUGGGAUGACGCCGCGGCAGCGCCAGAAGUGGCAGGCAUUAUGGCAGCUGGCCAUGCUAGCUGUUGAGAGGCCCGAAGCUGAAGCCCAAGCUAGUGGCCAAGCGCGUGCGCAAGCCCAAGCCAGGCCAGGGGUGAGGGUCGUACAUACGUUCGCUAGGGCCGGCCAGAUCAUCGAGGACGUGUGGAGUGCCAGUCCCAGCCCAGGUAGUAGCCCAACCACCGUGAUGGAGAUGGACGAGGAGACGGACGAGGAGAUAGAUAAUAAGGAUGAGGUGGAGGCUGCAGCUACAGAGGUGGAGGCGUGGCAGAUGACCCCCGUGGAGCAGGCGUGCUUAGAGUUUUGCAUCGAGCUAAUGAACCAGCGCCACCGCACGCACGAGUACGAGAGCGCGCUGGUAUGUGCCAUGGCCGUGCAAGGGUAG